AUGGUAUCUCAACAAGUUAUACAGGCCCUCGGCCACGCAGCCUCUGGCUCCCUCGGCACGGGCAUAUCGACAGCUGUGCUUGCACCGCUCGAUCUAGUCAACAUGCGCCUCAAGGUGCAACGCCAACAGGAUGGCGGCGACCACUACGACGGAAUAAUCGAUGCCUUCCGAAAAAUUAUAAAAAAUGAGGGCAUGGGCGCACUCUACCGCGGCGCUAGCACCGAUAUCGCCAAGUCCCUCAUCGACAGCUUCCUGUUCUUUGGGUUUUACAACUACUUUCGACAGCGCAAUCGGCACCCUAAAAUUUGGCAGGAACUAGCGUACGGUGCGGUAGCUGGUGCAUGUGCAAAGGCGUGCACAACGCCAUUGGCGAAUGUUGUAGCGCGGAAACAGACCUCCGAAACGGAUAAGAGCAUGGCGCACACGCUCAGGGAGAUUCGUGCAGAGGGCGGUAUUGCGGCUCUCUGGUCGGGGUACUCGGCUACUCUGGUGCUUACAUUGAACCCGAGCUUGACGUUUUUGAUCAAUAGGCGCCUAGCGGAUAAGAUUGUUGCGGCCUUGGAGGAGGAGGAUAUUCCGGUAGCAUGGAUUGCGUUUCUGCUAGCUGCGACAAGCAAGGCUAUUGCUACGGCAGCAACAUAUCCGUUUCAGGCAGCUAAGGCGCAUCUGCAGUUGCAUGAUCAGCCUGAGGAGGAUGAGAAGAAUGGUAAGAAGAAGCAGGAUGGGUUGUAUGUGAGGCUUGUGAGGCUGUUCAGAGGGUCCAUUUUCGGGCUCGUAGUGGCCUUGGUAGCGAAGGACGGGUUUCGGGCUUUGUAUGAUGGUAUGCAGGGCGAGAUUCUUAAGGGCUUUGUAAGCCACGGCUUGACAAUGGCGGCGAAGGGCUUCACGCACAGGCUAAUGGUGAAGGCGUGGCUGGCAGCGAAGUCGAAGCGAGUGGCUAGUAGAGUGUAG